CUCCAACCUACUAGCAAUGGCCUCCAACCUAUUAGGUAGUCAGAUCAAAGGCUUUUUUCCCGUUGAAUUCAACAGCGAAUACCAAAGAUAGAUAGUCCUUCCUUCUCGCUACCGUGGUCAUGACAACGCUUCUUGCCAAGCAAGUCGCUGCCUUCAAGCAACAGCAUGGCAUUACAGCUGUGGGUCCCAAGCGCACAGCCGCGCCAUCGAUCCUCUUCUCACCUCAGGAGGCUCGAAGCCAAGACCCUGAGUCCUUUGCCUCUUUGGCGCUCCACGGGUUGUCAGAGGCAUCGGUGCUGGCGCCGGAGAUCUCGAAGUUUACGGAGCUCUUCGAGGGCUCCGUGAAAGAUCGGGAUCUCUUAACCCGGGAGGAGAACGAUGCUUUAGACCGGAAGAUUCAUCAUUUGCUGAUGCUUUUGUCGCCACAUCUACAGGCUAGAGCAGCACAGGAAUGCGUAGAAGGCCUACUGUACAGGUACCAUGUCCACCGGUGGAAUGUGGAUGAUCUGAUGGCUGCUGCCCUGCCGCACCAUGAUUCACCGCUCUUCACCAAGCUUGUUCAGGGUCUGCAUGUAGAAAGUAAGCCUCGCUGGUCUUGGAUGGCAUCUCUGAAGGCGAAGCCUGCGUCCUUGAUCAGAUCGACCUUGGCGAAGGUUUGUAGCAAAGAUUCUGCCAUCCUGUCCUUUGUGGGUGAUGUCGUGGAGGAGACUCUGCGGAUGCAAAUGAGCAACCGCACCCUGAUGACCUUUUUCACCGCGAUCUGGCUCGACACCCUCGCCUUGUGCGGCCCGUCCGUGGGAAAUGAUUUGGUGCAGGUAGCAAUCCCAACUGUUCUUUUGCUCUUGAGUCAGUCACAAGAUGCAUUCUACGCUGGUGCCACGAUUACGGGUGCCCUUUGUGUCAAGACGGAGCUGGAGGAGCACUUGCAAAGGCAAUUGCUGUUGAAGUUGGCCAGACAGGUCAUCGGACAAGACGGCUCUGCUGCCUUUGUGCUGAUGGCGCAGAUCCUGCAGCUGCAGGAGAUUCGAGAAUUGCCGCCCAGUGUAGCGAAGGCUAUGGCCAAACAUGGACCAGAGG